UGACCAAGCGCGCAGUCUCGGCCCAAAGGCCCCGUGGUGGGGAGGUCCGCGACGCCCGUGCCGUCUUCCAGCUCGCUAGAGCCACCACCUAACGAACGGAUUGCACCAAAAAGGGCCACACCAUGAGAGCCUACCUGCUAUGGGUGGGCCUCCUAUCGGCGGCACUCACCCUCUCUCUUUCUGAGUCCGCCUCGGAGGGUAGCUUCUUUGAGUGCCCUCAGGACUGGAUGCUGAGAGGCCAGCACUGUUACCGUUUCUUCAACAUUCACCACUCCUGGGACAAAGCUGCUGAGCUCUGUCAAAGAUAUGGCUCUCAUCUAGUCGUCGUUCAAACCUACGACCAGAACAACUUCACCCGACAUCUAGCUGACGAGAACGCCGAAGAUGGCGACCGAGAUCGCUACUGGCUGGGUUUCCGAACUCUGGACGACCUCAGCACCAACAGUUUGGAGACAGCGGCCGGCACUCUGCAGAGCCAGUAUAUCGGCUUUUGGGACCGGGGUAACCCGCGUGCCGAACUUGGCGAGUGUGUUCGGGCCAGGUUCACAGACUCAGAACAAAGCUGGGCCCUAACCACCUGCGAACAGCUGCUACCAUUCAUGUGCCGUGCCACCGCCUGCCUCAAGGGACACUUCCACUGCGCUAACGGCAACUGCGUCAAUGGCGCCUUCAAGUGCGACGGCGAAGAUGAUUGUGGUGAUAUGAGUGAUGAGAGCGACUGUCAGGAUACUACGCCCUGUCACGAGUACCAGCGCUCGUCGUCUGGUACCAUCGAGUCUCCUGGAUAUCCGGAAAGGUAUCCGGCCAACCGCGAGUGCAAAUGGACCCUGGAGGCACCUGUUGGACACAGGAUUACACUGCAGUUUUCUGCUUUCGACACGGAAAAGGACUUUGACACCGCCCAGAUCCUAAGCGGAGGUGCCACCGAGGAGUCUGCCGUCAACAUCAUGACCCUGAGCGGCCAGGAGGACCUCGCCUCUAAGCUCUUCACCUCUGCGUCCAAUUUCAUGAUCAUCAAGUUCAGGAGUGACGCCAGCGUGGAGAAGUCUGGCUUCAGGGCGUCGUGGAAGUCGGAGCCUCAGCAGUGCGGCGGUGACCUGGUGGCUCCGGCCUCCCCCCAGCGCCUGACCUCUCCCGGCUACCCGGAGAACUACCCCGGGGGUCUCGAGUGUCUCUAUAUCAUCAGAGCGCCACUCGGACAGAUUAUCACACUGCAGAUCGAAGACCUCGACCUGGAGGCCGGUAACGACUACAUCCGUAUCCGUGACGGACCGAGUCCGGACGACCGUCAGCUGGCGUGGCUGACCGGCGCUGCCCCCGAGAGGCGGUUCAUCUCCUCCACGGGAAACAUCCUCUACCUCUACGUCAGGACCGACCUGGGCAACAGCCGCAGGGGCUUCAGCAUCAAGUACAGAGCAGGCUGUGACGUGACCCUGAAGGCAGACAACGGCAGUCUGUACUCGCCUGUGUACGGUUUGGCCGACUAUCCGACCAACCUACAGUGUGACUACCUGAUCCAGCGUCCUGCCGGGGGUCCGCUCAGUCUGCGCUUCACACAUCUCAACCUGGAUGAGACGGACGCUGUACAGGUAUAUGACGGCCCGGACAGCUCCAGUCUCCGCCUCCACUCCGGUGACGGAUUCACCGGUCCCUCGCCGCCCCAGCUGACACUGACAGCCCAGUCGGGGCAGAUGCUGGUCAGGUUUAACUCGGACCCGCUGAAAACGGCCAAGGGAUUCCAGGCCGUGUUCUCGUCAGACUGCCCGAUGCUGGAGCCCGGUAAGGGAGCCAUCGGUACGAGCCGUGAGACCAUCUUCGGCACCCGGGUGACCUUCACUUGCCCGGCCGGGCAGGAGUUUGCCACCGGCAAGUCCAAGAUCAUGACCGAGUGUUUGCCAGGUGGCAAAUGGACUGUCAGCUAUAUCCCAGACUGCCAGGAGGUGUACUGUGGCCCGGUGCCCCAAAUCGACAACGGCUUCUCCAUCGGCGCCACCAACGUCACUUUCCGCGGAGAGAUCACGUACCAGUGCUAUGCCGGGUUCGCGUUCCCGUCCGGCCAGCCCCUGGAGACCAUCAGCUGCUCGGCCGACGGCAACUGGGGCAAGCUGCCUGUCUGCCUGGCCUCCCAGUGCCCGUCCCUGCCGGACGUGCCGUUCGCGCAGAAGAAACAGCUCAACGGAGGCGGACGGAGCUACGGAACAGUUGUCAGAUACGAGUGCGAGCCCGGAUAUGUUCGCUCCGGUGUCCCGGUGCUCUUCUGUAUGAGCAACGGUACCUGGAGCAGCGAGGUCCCCAGCUGCUCCCGCGUGCGGUGCCCCGCCCUGCCCACCAUUUCCGACGGCUACGUUCUCUCUCCCGCCGCCGAGUACUACUACGGUGACGAGGCCUCGGUGCAGUGCUACCGCGGCUUCCGACUGACUGGCUCGGCAGUCAUCACAUGUGGGCCAGAACAGCAGUUCAUCAAUGUACCAGAGUGCCAGGACAUCAACGAGUGCGCUGCGGCCAAGUGUGACCUGGCCUCUACCAACUGUACCAACACGGCCGGCUCGUACCACUGCGGCUGUCGGCCCGGGUUCGCCCCCAACCUGCAAUGCAGGCCUGUGGCUGAGCUGGGAGUCAGCAGUGGGGCCAUCAGUGACGGGGAUAUAUCGGUCUCCGGGACCGAGGAUGGAUAUGAUAAGAAUGCUGUUCGCCUCAACGCCGAGGGCGGUUGGUGCGGCGCCCGGGAGGGCCCCAAGGUCAACUGGGUCAUGAUUGACCUCCGCGCGCCGACCGUCGUCCACGGUUUCCGCAUCCAGCCCGUAUCUCGACCGGACCGCAGCGUGGCCUACGCCAAGAGCCUGAGGCUGUACUAUACCAACGAGCUGACUGAUGUACUGAAGGAGUAUCAGACCAGUAGCGGGGCACCCGUAGAGUUCCGUACGGCUGGAGCUGGGCUGUCGGUGAUCAGUAUGCCAGCGCCCGUGGAGGCCAGAUAUGUGCGGCUCACCAUACUGGAUUAUGAGGUGGCGCCGUGCAUGCGGAUGGAGCUGAUGGGUUGCUCCCGUUCCGAGUGUACCGACAUUGACGAAUGUGCCACCAACAACGGAGGAUGCCACCAGAAAUGCGUCAACUCUGCCGGGUCGUUCUCCUGCCAAUGCGAGGAAGGAUACGAGCUGUUCACCAAGAACGGAACCGCCGGCUUCUCCGUGGCUCCUUCAGAGACCGGUCUGAGGGACGGCGACACCUACCGCAUCAACAAGACGUGCGUGCCCAAGCAGUGCCCCGGUAUUGAAGAUCCUGUUAAUGGACUGCUGGUCUCCACUCAGGACCAGUACCAUUACCGUGACGUCAUCACAUUCUACUGCAACUUCGGCUACGUACUGCAGGGCGCCAGCUCACUGCAGUGUACCUCCAGUGGAGAGUGGAACGGAACGGUACCCACCUGCGAGUACGCCUCCUGCCCACCUCUGGAGGGUGACGCUGCCGAGGGUCUCUCGGUCACCCUUACAAACCAGGAGGACGAGGAAGAGACCGAACAGCUGACUGUGCCGUUCAGAGAGAACAUUACCAUCGCCUGCUCAGAGACCGGAAAACCGCUGCGUAACACACGCACUGCUGGAUUUAGACAGUGUGUCUAUGAUCCGAAACCAGGCACUCCGGACUACUGGAUCUCCGGCACUCCUCCCGCCUGUCCCCGCAUUGACUGCGGAGUGCCUCCCACCACCCCCGGAGGGUCCUAUGGAAACUACGCCGAUACCAUGUACGAGAGCAGCUUCUUCUUCGGCUGUGAAGACACCUUCAGCCUGGCCGGACAGAGCUCGUCAAACGAUAACGUGGUGCGGUGUCAGGCGGACGGUACGUGGGACUUUGGCGACCUGCGCUGUGAGGGACCCGUCUGUGUGGACCCCGGCCGGCCGGCCGACGGAGCUCAGAUCGCCACCAGCUACGAACAGGGAUCCAAGGUGUCGUUCACGUGUAACAAGCCCGGCUACAUUCCAUUCUCGGGAGAGCCGAUUGAAUGUGUUCGUCAGCCCGAGUGUGCUACCAUCCGGCCCCUGGGAAUCACGGACGGCAGAAUUCCAGCGGCCUCCAUCAACGCCAGCACGCAGCGGGCCAACUACGAGUCGGACAAGGUGCGCCUCAGCUCUGUAACGGGCUGGUGCGGCCAGCUGGACCAGCCCUUCACCUACGUCCAGGUCGACCUCGGCACGCUGCAUAGGGUUAAGGCCAUUCUGCUGAAGGGCGUGGUCACCAAUGACGUGGUAGGACGUCCCACCGAGAUCCGUUUCUUCUACAAGCGAUCCGAGGACGAAGACUACGUGGUGUACUUCCCCAACUUUAACCUGACCGCUCGUGACCCGGGCAAUUACGGAGAACUGGCUAUGAUUACUCUACCAGAAUCGGUGGAAACCCGAUUUGUUAUCCUCGGAAUUAUCUCGUACGACAAGAAUCCGUGUCUCAAGUUCGAGCUGCUGGGCUGUGAAGUGGAGGAGACCCAGCCACUCCUGGGUUUCGACAUGGGUUACUCGAUGUGUGUGGACGCUGAGCCUCCCCAGUUUGUUAACUGUCCCAGCGAACUGCUCCAGGUCACCAAGGGCGAGAACGGCCAGAUUCUGCCCGUCAAUUUCACCGAGCCCAUUGCCACCGACAACUCGGGUAUGAUCGUGAGGACGGACGUGCGCCCGGCCGGAUUCAGCCCUCCCGUCUAUGUGUUCAGGGAUCUGAUGCUGGAAUACUUGGCAUUCGACUUUGACGGCAACGUGGCCAUCUGCCAGAUGAACAUCACCGUCCCCGACGACACCCCGCCGAGGAUCACGUGCCCUCAGAGCUAUGUGGUCGAGCUUGUGGAGGAACAGGAGCUCUAUGAGAUCAACUUUAACCGUUCCCGCAGCCAGGUCACCGUCUCAGACGACACGGAUGACGCGGAUUCCAUUCAGGUGGUGUUCGAGCCCUCAGCAGCCCGAAUCCCGAUCGGAGGUUAUGAAAACGUCACGGUCACGGCUAAGGACGCGUCCGGCAACAGCGCUCAGUGUCACUUCCAGGUCGCCGUUCAGGCCACCCCGUGCGUGGCCUGGGACCUGAAGGCACCGGCCAACGGUGACGUCAACUGUCUGCCCAGCGAGUCGGGUGGUCUGCGCUGCCUGGCCACGUGCAAAGAAGGUUACCGUUUCACCGACGGUGAAGACAUCAAGCGGUUCGGCUGUCAGCCGAAGCAGGCCUGGGAGCCGGCCAGCGUGGUUCCCGACUGUGUUACUGAAGACACCCAGCAGGCCAGCUAUGACGUCAGCGCCAGAAUCAGCUACCGCUCCAACGGCGCCGUGGCGCCCGAGUGUGUCAACAUGUAUAAGGAGGAGCUGAAGCAGUUCCACGCCGACCUCAGCUCGGUUCUAUCAGCGCGCUGCUCUCAGGCCGUCAACCUGAACAUGGACGUCAGGCUUCUGGACGGAGGCGCCAGGAGGAUCGCCGAAAAUAUGGUCGAGCUGGAGCACGUGCUGCGCAUCACCCCAGAGGUGUCACAGCCGCUGCUGUACGAUCUCUGCGGCCUGAACCUGGGACUCAUCUUCGAGCUGGCCGUGCCCUCGACCUCUGUGGUCAUCCAGCCCCUCAUCGAUGUCGAUGCCAUCGGUAACCAGUGCCCCCCGAUGCGCGCUCUGGAUAGCAAUGUGACCCGCGGCUUUACCUGCUCCACCGGAGAGGUUCUCAACUCGGAGUCGAGCAACACCAACGUGCCCAGAUGCCUGCACUGCCCUGCCGGAACAUUCGCCAAAACCGAGGACGAGGAGUGCACAGUGUGCCCCAUGGGCCAGUACCAAGACCAAAGUCGCCAGGGCGCCUGCAAGAGCUGUCCCUCGGGGACCUACACCAGGCACGAGGGAAGCAAGAGCGUCAAGGAUUGCGUUCCCGUGUGCGGCUACGGCACCUACUCGCCCUCUGGUCUGGUGCCCUGCCUGGAGUGUCCCCGGAACAGCUUCACCAUGGCACCUCCUGUUGACGGGUUCAAGGAGUGCUCCUCCUGCCCUCCCGAUACUUUUACUCACGCCCAGGCUGCUAACGAUCAGUCCCUCUGCCGAGCCAAGUGCGCUCCGGGUAGCUACUCUGCCAACGGUCUGGAGCCCUGCUUCCUCUGCCCUGUGAACUUCUUCCAGCCAAUUGAGGGCGCCAACACGUGUUUCGAGUGCCCCACAGGCAACACAACCCGCUCGGAGGGUGCCGUGUCUCCCACUGACUGUGUGCCGGUUACGUGCUCUGAGGAUACCUGCGAGCAUGGGGGACUGUGCCAGAUGCUGGGCCACCGUCCCAAGUGCUUCUGUCCGGCCGGCUUCAGCGGCGCGCGCUGUGAAAUCGAUGUCGACGAGUGCCUCUCGAGCCCGUGCUACAACGGAGGAUCGUGCAUCGACCAACAGCAGGGCUACCGGUGCCAGUGUGCUGCUGGUUACUCGGGAAUUAACUGUCAAAUUGAGGAGUCUGACUGUGUGGAGGAUGCCUGCCCUGCCCGAGCCAUGUGUAUGGAUCUGCCCGGAGUCGGUCAGUUCGAGUGUCUGUGCCGCGAGGGGUACACUGGUCCCAGCUGUAACGUCACCGUCGACCCAUGCACGGAGACAGGCAACCCGUGUGAGCACGGUGCUCGCUGUGUUCCGCUACAGCAGGGCCGUUACCGCUGCGAAUGCGGCCCUGGCUGGUCGGGUGCCCGCUGUGAGGUCAACACCGAUGACUGCUCUGAACAGCCCUGCCUGCUGGGAGCGGAGUGUACCGACCUGGUGAACGACUUCCAGUGCGCCUGUCCCACCGGGUUCGCUGGAAAGCGCUGUGAGCGGAAGAUUGACCUGUGCGCCGGCAGUCCAUGUGAAAAUGGUCUGUGCGUGGACCGAUUCUUCUCACAUCAGUGCGUCUGUGACCCGGGAUGGACCGGCGCCUCUUGCGACAUCAACGUGGACGACUGUCGCUCGGAGCCCUGUGCCUCGGGCAGCACGUGUAUGGAUGAGGUGGACGGGUUCAGCUGCAACUGCGCGCCUGGCUUCACCGGUAAACGGUGUCAGCACACCAUCGACGACUGCGCCAGCGAACCGUGUCAGAACGGCGGCACCUGCAAGGAUGAACAGGAUGGAUUUACCUGCUCCUGCCGUCCUGGCUUCGUCGGUUUGCAGUGCGAGGCCGAAAUCGACGAGUGUACAUCGAGUCCGUGCAGUCCUCAGGGAACGGAGCGAUGUGUCGACUUGGACAAUACGUUCGAGUGCGAGUGUCGCGUCGGGUACUCGGGCAGGCUGUGUGAGACUAACAAGGACGAAUGCGCCUCGAACCCGUGUCUGAACGAAGCCGUCUGUACGGACGGCCUGGACGAUUUCACCUGCUCCUGCCGUCCCGGUUGGACCGGUAAACGUUGCGAGACGGACAUUGGCAGCUGUGAGAGCGCCCCGUGCCUCAAUGAGGCCAACUGCAUUGAUCUAUUCCAGGGCUUCUUCUGCGCGUGCCCCUCCGGCACGGAUGGCUCUCGAUGUGAGGUCACUCCGGAGCGGUGUGUCGGAUCCCCGUGUAUGAACGGAGGGUUCUGCAGGGAUUACGGCUCGGGCCUGAACUGCAGCUGCCCCGAUGAUUAUCUGGGAGUCGGCUGCCAACAUGAGCUGGAUGCCUGCGAGGCAGGGCUCUGCCAGAACGGCGCCACUUGUGUGGAUAACGGUCUCGGCUACCAGUGCACGUGCGCACCUGGUUACACGGGGAUGAACUGUGAGACUGCCAUACCGCGCUGCACUGCGGGCAGCUGCCCGACGGGAGCUACCUGUGUCGAUCUGGUGGACGGACACUACUGCCGCUGUCCGUUCAAUCUGACCGGAGAGGACUGCAGAAAGAGCAUCACGGUCGACUACGAUCUGUACUUCAACGACGACUCCAAGUCUGCGUCUGCGUCUCUGUACGCGCCGUUCGACAUGCAGAAUGCCUCCCGCAUGUCCAUUGGCCUGUGGGUGCAGUUUAGCGCCCGAUUGGACAUUGGAACGUUCUUCACGCUCUACGACGUCAGCUCCCUGCACGUGCCCUCCGACCGUCGCGUGAUUGUCCAGAUGCGCAGUCACGGCGUGCUUCUAGACCUCUUCGAGGACGAGGAUGCCGUCUUCCUGGACUUCAACCCGCAGAUCCCUGUGAAUGACCGUCAAUGGCACCAUAUUGUGCUCUCGUGGGAGUCAUCGGGUGCUGUUCAACUAGUCUCUGAUCUGGUGGUCAUUGGAAAACGUAACGACUACGGAGUCAACAAGACGCUGCCGGCGUUUGGUUACGUCACUCUGGGCGCUCCUCUGGCCGAAGAUGGCACUCAGAUGGCCAAGUCUGGCUUCAAGGGAAAACUGGCCCGAGUGAACAUGUGGUCCCGCAUGCUGGAUAUCAGGACAGAAAUUCCCAAACAGGUGGAGUCAUGCCGCAAGGCUCCGGUACUGUACGACGGUCUCCUUCUCCGCUGGAGCGGCUACCACCAGCUCAUGGGAACAGUGGAGCGCGAGGGCCCCUCCAGCUGUGGACAGCUGAUCUGUGCUCCAGGCUACACAGGAGACUGCACCACACGGGCCAGGGAUAAGACGCCGCCGAGGGUUGAUUUCUGCCCUGGUGACCUUUGGAUCCAAGCCUCCAACGGCUCGACCAUUGUGCGCUGGGACGAGCCGAGGUUCAGUGAUGACGACAAGCUGAUGUCAGUUAUUGAGAUCAAUGACCACGCUCCGGGCCAGCUGUUCCCCUGGGGAUCCCACGACAUCGUCUAUAUCGCCAAAGAUGACGCCGAGAAUAGCGCCCUUUGCAGCUUCCGCGUGCACGUGCUCAAGGAGAUAUGCCCGACACCGGAAGAUCCGAAGGGUGGAUACCAGGAGUGCUCCACGUGGGGACCUAACGGACGCUUCCGCUACUGUCAGAUCAGAUGCGACCCAGGACUGCAGUUCAGCCAGCCUAUUCCCGACUUCUAUGUGUGCGGCCCUGAGGGCUUCUGGCGACCCAAUGACCAGCCCAACACGCCUCUCAUCUACCCCAGCUGUGCACCUGCCGAGCAGGCACAGCGUGUGGUCAAAAUCAAGAUGAACUUCCCCUCGUCUGUGUUCUGCAACAACGCCGGAAAGAACGUUCUGGACAAACGCAUCCGGGAGGCCCUGCAGAAACUCAACAAGAACUGGAACUUCUGCAUCAACACCGUAGAAGUGUCUGGGUCGUUCAUCGUCAGCAUGGAGCAGAGAGAUAUGGUCAAGAAGGAUUGUGAUCCUGAAGACAGCGAGGAUGAAUGCCAGGAGAAGCUAAGAAUUCUUGUCCAUCUGUGGGUGGUGCGAACGCGCGUCUCCGGAUCCCUCUACCUGGAGCGGGCCUCUUCGUCUCCGCACUCUCUCCUCGCGUCCAGCGGCGGCGUCGACUGCGCGUGCGAACAGGCCCAGCCCCGGGGUCAGGUCGGCAGACGAUAUCUGCCGCCAGUCGACAGUCGACCGCCGUCGAGGGAUCAGCGGUGCCGGUGCGCGCGCGGCGACUCGGCCAUCACACACGUCACCAUGGGAAGGAGGACUUGUGUGUCGCUUUGUGCUGUUCUGGCUGUGGUGUGUGUAGUGUUGGUGCCAUCGCGGGCGGCACCACCGGCCGUAGAAGCGAUUCAGCUCUCAGGUGACGAGUGUGAUGGUCUGAACGUGAACGUCAACUGCGGCCAGCGCGCCCGCUCCAAGCGGCAAACGGAGAACGACGGCCUCUACGAGGUGGAAAUCAGCUUCCCGGCUCAGAACGGACCGGUCACAAACGCCGACACCAACCAGGCAGCUGAUGUUCAGGCGCUCAUAGAGAGGAUCAUUCUGGAAAAUGGCGAAUUUGACGUUCAGUCUCAGCUGCCUAACGUGGUCCCUGACCCGGCCUCUCUGGAACUGGGCUCAGAGUACUACUGUGAACCCGGAAAGGUAGUCUUCGGUGACCAGUGUGUAUCCUGCGCGGCGGGUACGUUCUACGAGCGCUCCACGGGCACCUGUGUGAAGUGUGCACUGGGUACCUAUCAGGAUCAGCUGGGGCAGUCGUCGUGUAUCCCCUGCCCGGCCAUCGCCGGCCGACCGGGGGUUACAGCCAUCCGCGGCGCGCAGAGCGUCGGCGAGUGCAAAGAGCGCUGCUCCGCCGGCCGCUACUACGACAACGAACUGCUGCGCUGUCACGCCUGCGGCUUCGGCAACUACCAGCCUGAGGAGGGACAGUUCUCGUGCUCCCCGUGCGGGCCCGGCCUGACCACGCGCACCUCGGAGAGUGUCACCGGAGAGGAGUGUAAGCCCGAGUGUGACGACGGUGAGCAGCUCUCUCUGGACAACUCGUGCCAGCCGUGUGCACGUGGCACGUACCGCACACGUGGCGAGCAGCCAGCCUGUGUGGCCUGUCCCGAGGGAACCACCACACUGGACCUGGGCUCGAGCACGGUGGAACAGUGUUCACUGCCCAUCUGCCGCGAGGGCACCUUCCUGAACACGACGGACGGCAACCGAUGUAUGGAGUGUCCUCUGGGCACGUACCAGCCCAAGUCGCAGCAGACGGCGUGCAUUGAGUGCCGGCCCGAUACCACCACAGAGCAGGUUGGUGCCACCAGCGCUGAACAGUGCGUAAACCCGUGCGACGGAGCCGGAGACCAGAAAAAGUGUGACGCCAACGCCAUCUGUCUCAUCAACACCGAAACAAACGCCUUCAAGUGCGAGUGCAAACUGGGCUUCGAGGGCAAUGGCUUCAACUGUACUGAUCGCUGUGAAGGCUUCUGUGACAAUUCUGGAGUCUGCGCGAAGGACGAGCGAACGGGAAUGCCCAAGUGUAGCUGCGUUGGCUCCUUCACUGGUGAGCGGUGUGUCGAGAAGUCCAAGUUCGCCUACAUCACCGCUGGAGUUGCCGGUGUCGUGGUUCUCGCCAUCGUCUGCGUGCUAUUCGUCUGGAUGAUCUGCGUCCGAGCCAACAAGAAGAAGCAGCAGGAACCAGUACAGAAGGCCAUGACGAUCCCGCCGGAUGCUGCGUCGCAGGUGAACUUCUACUACGGCGCGCCUACUCCGUACGCUGAGAGCAUCGCUCCUUCCCACCAUUCAACCUACGCACACUACUACGACGAGGAGGAUGACGCCUGGGAGAUGCCCAACUUCUACAACGAGACCUACAUGAGGGACGGGCUCCACCCGGGUAAAGCCAACAGCCUGGCGAGGUCGAACGCCAGUAUCUACGGAGCGGCGCGUCAGGACGAGCUGUACGAUCGGCUGCGCAAACACGCCUACACCGGCAAAAAGGACAAGAACGACACGACAGACGAUAGCGACGACCAGGCCCGCUAGUGGUUCCGUGCCAGGGGAGAAGGCAGCCCGUCCAACCAGCCUGCGAGUCUGGGAGGCCGAGCGGCCCCCCGGACUCCGGAGCGGGGCAUUUACCGGACGUUGCAGCCGAGCCCUGGGGUUACGGGCGGCUGGUAGCGUCGGCUCAACACGCGACUGCCGCGAGAGAGCCCACUUUUCUGGGCGGGUGGGCGAUGCCGGCGUCACGAGGAUCGUAACGUGUCGUAACGGUCGUAACGUUACGAGGAGGUCGUAACGUGACGUGGAGACGAUCGUAAUGUGUCGUAACGAUCGUAACGCACCGUCGUAACGAUCGCAACGUGUCGCAAGGAUCGUAACGUAACGUCGUAACGAUCGUAACGUUACGAGACGCUCGCCAAGAGACCCGGUGCGGUCGGUCGCAGAGGCCAGCCGCCGGAUCCGUCCAGUGCUCAGUUUUCAUGUACCAUUUUACCUAAGUUAUUGUAUGCACGAGUGGGAAGUACCGUGUGUUGGGAUAUCAUUGGAGGGGAGGGAUGGGAUGAUGGGAGGGGUGGGGUCGCUUGGGUGUCGAACUGCAAAAGGACUGCUUUUGUGGUGUGUUUUAUAAGUGAGGCGUCGGUGUGAAUGAGAUUCAGAAUGUUUGUAAAUGUGUUAAGUGUCAGAUUUUGCGUUUGAAGGAUGACCUGUCGUGCUGUCAUGUAUUCCAGUUCUGUCAAACUAUGUCAGAUGUCAUGACAAUAUCGCGAUGCAUCAUGAGAUCUGUCAAACUAUAUCGGAUGUCGACAAUUCUAGCACAAUGAAAGAUCUGUCUCAUGUCGGAUCGCUGCCGUGCUGUUUUGUAUGAUAGAUCUGCUAUAAUAUGUGAAAUAUCCGUCCAGACUUACUAGCAUGAAUCGAGUUGACACUGGAUAUUCUGAAUAAAUGGACGACGCCAAAA